AGGGCUAACGCUGGCCGUUAACACACGAACGCAGCUAUGACGCUGUUUGCAGAUGCCGACGGUUUCAUGGACGAUGUUCAACACUGUAUUCUUUUGACCAACACCAUGACAUGACCUGUAUCUGUGCUUUGAUAAAUUACUUCAAGCUGUCCAAGCCUUGGUCGCUCUCCCGGUUAUGCUUGGGAUAGUUACAGUUCGAUGGGUGUCAGAAUUCAAGAGUAUUGCUGGCCAGAUGCAUAGGCGCCCUGACUCUAAUUUCCAACGGACUAUGGAAUGGUCGAGGACGAAUGCCAUUGUUUGGAAGUCUAAUUAAAUCCAUAGCGAGCUCGAACAGUCACCCAUGUCCACAUCAACCGAACCCAUUCCUCUCUCCUUUUUUCUUCAUUCAUUCCAUAACACUUGUCAAGAACAGGAAUCCGCCAUGUCCGCCGCGACCUCAUCCGCCCCUCGCGCACUCUCUCAGGCCGAGCUCCAAGCUGAACAGGCCAGGGACGAUGGUGACUUUGUCGGGAUCCUCUACGACACUAUCCUCUACGAACGCGCCUGCAACCGCCUCGAGACCCAAAAAAAAUACGACUUCCCUCUCAAGUAUGAUGAAAUCGCCUACGACUUCCUCGCGGCCUACCGUCUCUGUCUCGAGCCCAAGUUUCUCGCCAACCGCCACACUGCCGUCUUCUCACACUUCAUCCUCCAAUCUAAGCUUUUGAACGCCAAGGGUGUACGGACCUGGGCCCUGGAUCAUUGGGGCCGCUACGAGAUCUUUCCCUUGGACGAUGAAUCCCAAUUGAUGGAUGGUGCGGGUAUCGAUGAGCUGAACGAGAACGAUUUUAGUGAUUAUGACGAGGUCGAGCAGGGAUUGAGCCCCGUUCGGAAGAAUGUUGGGUAUGAGGGUCCUAUGCUUACACGUCGUCGACAGGGACACUAUGGUGGACCAGUUGCGGAUGGACAAGCACAUCGGGAGAUGUUCUCGUUGGGUUAUUCGGCCGUGUACAAACAUUCGCAGGAUAUGAUCGCGGUAAUCAUUGCGCACCUUCGAAAGCGCGUUUGGUAUCAUGAUGGUUCGGGAGGCGACGUUGUCGAGAUUCAAAACAUGGGUGUCGACGGCAAGGACUUCAGGAGGGGCAAUCGCAAUGUUAACGGCGAUCUCGAUGCAAGAGUAGACCAGGCGAUCAAGGACGUCAAAGGCGUCAAGAAGUACACUCGCCAAUUUAACGGCAAGAUCAAGCGACGGAACCAUGAGAGGGCCUUGGCCAGGACCGUGAACGGCGCCCCAGGGUUCUGGCAAGGGGUAGUGCAGAAUCGAGACCCACCAACGGAUUAUUCGGACUCUGAAGCUGAGGAUGCAGGAGGCUCCGAGGCGCAGGGAGUCGAUACGGCGAUCGAUAAGAUGGCAGCGAUGUAUCUAACAGAGUACACAGGGAGCCCUAGGAGGAUCAUCCGCUUUUUACCUGCUUCCAGGUCGAGCGAGACCUUGUACGACUGGAGAGGAGCAAAUGACGAACUGCGCCUAGUGGAUUUGGCACCUGAGGAAGAAGACACCAUCUUCUAUGGUCGCUUGACCCGAGAUAUUAUGGCGAAGUAUAAGCAACUGCUUCCACCGACUGGACUGAUUGAGAGGCACAAGGAAUUAAGAGAGUCGCUCCAGAACAUCAUUUCGGGCGCUUUUCCAGCCGAGGACUUCGAGGUCGAGGCAUACGGAUCGUUCGUGAGUGGACUAUUAAUGGCAAAUAGCGAUGCCGAUUUCUGUAUCACAGGCCCCAAUAUCCACAGCCAUGAACAGCUCAACAACAUGUCCAAUAUAGCCAACAUUCUCUCCACCCGUGGCCAGAUGAAAAACGUUGUUGCGAUCCCUGACGCCAUGGUCCCGAUUGUCAAGUUCCAGGAUCCGAAAACCAACAUGGAGUGUGACCUUAAUACAGGCAACAAUCUCGGCGUCGUUAAUUCGGAGUUGAUCCGGGUUUACACCACGAUCGAUGAACGCGUCAAGCCGUUCCUGUACAUAUUAAAAGCUAUCUGCAAGGCGCAAGGAAUCAACGACUCUAGGAGUGGAUACCUCAGCAGCUAUGCGAUCACCUGGAUGGGUAUCGUCUUUUUGCAGCAGUCUAGUCUGUCGACGCCCUCGGGCACAGCCUGGGGAUGGGGAUCGAGCCCUUUGCUGCCGAAACUGCAGCAGCAGCCAUUUGAGCGGAUGAAGGAACUCACGUUACGGAUCAACCACAACACCAAGAACAUUACGACAAGCACCCCAAGUCUUGUGAACUCGAGCAAGAAUGAUAUGGUCCACUGCCGAUUCGAUGAUAAUAGCGAUGGCAAGCACACGGGAUCGGGUCGCGCGAAUAAGAAGUCGCUUGGGAGGUUACUGAUCGAGUUCUUUGAGUUCUUUUCGCGCCGUUUCAAUUAUACGGAAACGACAAUCCAUGUGGGCAGGGGCGGGAUGCUGCCAAAGACAAGCAAGGAACGGCAUAAUGAGAGCCUUCGGUUACCGACGUUCAGGGUCGUGGAUCCAUUCUUGCACCAUCGCAACAUUACGGGGACGUGCCGUGGCGAGACCUUGGGCAGGGUGUGGAGAGCAUUUGAUCAUUCGUAUCGCAUGUUGUGCGCCGGCGAUUUGGAGGGCGCCAUGAGGCAGGUGGACUAGGUGUGUAGCAAGCGUGAAAUAGAUAAAGCACUUGCGCAUAUAGAUAUAUUUAAAGAAAAGCGUUUAUUAUGAU